GCAAAAUUGUUUUCGAUUUUAUGUUGUAUUGUUUGCAAACAACACUUGAAUAAAACAAUAACCGAACUCAAAAUACGAACCGUAGAGAGAAAAAAAAUUGUUUAUCAAAAGGCCAAGCAACCAAUUAGCAGCCGCACGAAAUAUUUGUUACAUAUGAGUGACUGCAAUUUUAGUUUUGUUUUUGUUAUGUGAACGAUAGCCAGCUAAAGAGUGGACGAGAAGAAGAAAGAAUUCUGUUCGGCAUAUUAUUAGUUUAUUAAAUGCAAUUAUUAAUACGGAACGAUCUCACUUCAAAAAUCCAUUUUCAUUGAAUCGAUUGCAAUUUGGAGAAACCGACAGUGCAACAAACAUUUCAAUGUGUAUAUUUUUUUGUGUUUUAUGAGAAAGUUCAUUGGGUGUUGAACAACAACAGAAAAAAAAACGCAAACGAAUUUUUCACUUGUGCAUUUCAAAACUGUUGUACAGGAAGUUACGGAGUAGGAAAGAGCAAGAGACCGAACGAGCGAACGAAUGAACGAAGGAGGAAGAGAGAGAGUGUGUGUGUAUACGGUGUGGUUCAAUCAAAAGUAAAAACAUUCCAAUUUUUGCCUUUAUCCAAACCGAACGAUACAGCAUUAACCGCGGUCAAGUCAAAAUAACAAUAACAACAACGAACAUCUAACGCUUGACGACAAGAGCUAAAAGUUUCGGACCAAAAAAAGUAUCAGGAAUAUGGAAGCAAAAUUCAAUUAAAUGAUCAGUGCAGUGGAAUACACCUUCACCUAAACAAGACGAAUAAAAAAGAACAGCACCGAUUUGUCAAUAAAGUGUACGCGUGCAAGAGAGAUAGCGAGUGAUGUGAGGUCUAAAGAAUGUGAAUGCACGUAGAUUUAAAAACAAAAAAACAAAAUAUGUAUAUCUGUGUAUAAAUCAGCAAAUAAAAAAGUAGUCAAGUGCGGACAAAAAAAAGUUGACGCAAAAUAGCAAACAUCAAAAUACAGUCAGUUUAAAGAAGAGAGGACGUGCAUUGAUUUUUUUUUGUUGUUGUUUCUGUCAAACAAAGGGCGAUAUUACAAAAAAAGACAUACACGAAACGGCGAUCAACAAUUCAACGGAGAUGUAAAAUUGGUUGGGAAGCAAUGUCGAUACAAAAAUAAGUGAUAGAGAUAGAUUUUGGAUGGACAAUACUUCAGUUACGGCAGAAACGAGACAAAAGAAGUAACCACGAAACGGACAAAAAUUACACAUUCGAAUACAAAUUCAUGUUACUGAACUCUGAAUGGAAUUGAAUGCAACGGUGUAAUCGAAAAUUAAAAGGCAGCUCAAAAUUGCUGUGCAACAACAGCAACUACAAUCAUUGCACUUAUUCUUGAAUAUUUCAUUUUGCUUGAUAAAUUGGCUUUAACAUCGGCCAAACAGAACUAGACAUGCAACAUUACAACAAUGGUCAUGCAACGGAACAUUCACCGAACUCCUCACAUUUAUCAGUGCACAGUGAUGUUCCAUCUGAUUCGACAGCACCAAAUUCGGCAGCCGUUGCUGCUGCCGCUGCACUUGUAGCACGUACACAUAAACAACAGACAACCCAACAGGUCACAACCGUAACUAAGGUUGUACGCGAAGUAAAACACUUGGGCGAUACAGGAGCCUGGUCGCAGUACAUUAACUACAACCAUUUGGAUCAACAGAAUAGUCAUGGGCAACCAUCCCAAGCACACGAUUUGUAUGUACAUGGGAACAAUACGGCAGCAAAUGCUGGUAUCGCGGAUCCACAAUAUCAUACCCAUUCACAUAUGCAUCCGGACGCCACAGCAACGGAUUGGAAUGCUGUUGCAGUAGAUUAUAAUCAUUAUCCUACGACACAAUAUGCGAACUCUGGACCAUAUGGUACAUCAAUAGGAGCGACGUAUGAAUAUAGUGGUGGCGUUAACGAUCAUCGACCAGAAAGUCCAGGCGAUGACAAGCAGCAAGCACAACACAAUAUUAUACCAGCAGGCGUUGCAUACUUACAAGCACCGUAUCACGAUGAAUUGUCCGAUUUUCGAAUAACACCAUCGCCCGGUGGACCAAUGUUAGAUCAUCGAUACCAAGACGAUUCGGCGAACAUGGUUUAUGGAUAUGUAUCAUCACCGUAUGGUACAACAACAAAUCCAGCUGCAGGUUAUUUGGUGCAUCAUAGUGGAUUCGCUACAAGUGGCAAAUUCAGUGAAGAGGAUGCCCUACAAAAGCAUAUGUCACACAUGGCAAUUGUGGACAGUGAUCAACAACAACAGCAACGAGGUGGAAGUGCUGCAUCGGCAGCUGUGAGUGCUUCGAUGCGUUGGCGUGAUCCAAAUUUAACGGAAGUGAUCAGUUUCUUGAACAAUCCAAAUAACGUGAUUAAAGCGAAUGCAGCUGCAUAUUUACAACAUUUAUGCUAUAUGGAUGAUCCAAAUAAACAGCGUACACGAACACUGGGCGGAAUACCACCGUUAGUAAAAUUAUUGGCACACGAAGGCCCGGAAGUGUAUCGCAAUGCGUGCGGUGCCUUACGGAAUUUAUCGUACGGACGGCAAAAUGAUGAGAAUAAACGUGCGAUUAAAAAUGCGGGCGGUAUCGUUGCAUUGAUAAAUUUACUGAGGCGAACGACAGAAUCGGAGGUUAAGGAGCUAGUCACCGGCGUCAUAUGGAAUAUGUCAUCGUGUGAGGAUCUCAAGCGAUCAAUUAUUGACGACGGUGUUAGUGUGAUUGUAACAUAUAUUCUGAUUCCGCAUUCCGGAUGGGAUGUUAAUAGUCCCGGUGAUCCAUGCUAUUCAACUGUAUUUCGUAAUGCAUCGGGCGUUUUACGUAAUGUUAGUUCGGCUGGCGAAUAUGCGCGUACAAAACUUAGAGAUUGUCCUGGCCUUGUUGAUUCUCUAUUGUAUGUUGUACGAGCAGCAAUUGAAAAGUCAAAUAUUGGAAAUAAAAUUGUAGAAAAUUGCGUAUGCAUUUUACGUAAUCUAUCAUAUCGAUGUCAAGAAGUCGAAGAUCCAAAUUACGAUAAACAUCCAUUGCCAACACAAAGUCGAACAACAAAUAGUUCACAGUCAUCGAGCGGCGCCUCAUCGUCAUCAUCGUCAUCGUCGAAGGGUGACAAUUUGGGAUGUUUCGGUGCUAGCAAAAAGAAAAAAGACGCCAACAAUGAAUAUAAGGACAAUUUGUCGGGCAGUGCAAAUGCGGCGAACGGUAGUGCCGGUGGUACAACCUCUCGAAGCUCAUCCCAAAGACAAGAACCGAUCAAAGGCUAUGAACUUCUCUGGCAACCAGAAGUCAUUCAAUCAUAUUUGGCAUUAUUGCAAUCGUGCUCGAAUCCAGAAACACUCGAAGCUGCUGCUGGAGCCAUUCAAAAUUUAGCAGCUUGCUAUUGGCAACCGAGCAUUGAAAUUAGAGCUGCCGUUCGAAAAGAAAAAGGACUUCCAAUUUUAGUGGAACUCUUGCGAAUGGAAGUGGAUCGAGUAGUUUGUGCCGUUGCGACUGCAUUACGAAAUUUAGCUAUUGAUCAGCGAAAUAAAGAAUUGAUCGGGAAAUAUGCAAUGCGUGAUUUGGUUCAAAAGCUACCAUCAGGCAAUCCACAACAUGACCAAGGUACAUCGGAUGAUACAAUAGCCGCUGUUUUGGCCACACUCAAUGAAGUUAUUAAAAAGAAUGCUGAAUUUUCACGAUCACUGCUCGAUGCUGGCGGUGUUGAACGACUUAUGAAUAUAACGAGACAACGUCAAAAGUACACGAAUCGUGUACUCAAAUUCGCCGGCCAAGUUUUAUUCACCAUGUGGCAACAUCAAGAAUUGCGUGACGUUUAUAAAAAACAUGGAUGGAAAGAGCAAGAUUUUGUGACAAAAACAGUUGCCGCCAGAAAUGCAGCGCCAAAUUCACCAAAUAAUGCAAACAGCACAUUGAACCGUCCGAUGGCAUCGCAAAGUGGUACUCGGUAUGAAGAUCGCACGAUUAAACGGAACACUGGUGGUAGUCAACAACAACAGAUGACGGCAAGUGGCCAAGCGCAACAGCAACAAGCAUCAGUGAAUAAUAUUGGCAACUUACAUUAUCAGCACAACGAUGAGUUGGGCUUAUCUUCAGAUAUGGCAUAUGCGGAUGCAUCAGCGCAACAGCAACAGGUUCGAGUCUAUCCAAAUGGUCCGAAUCAACAGCAGCCACCAUCCUUCUAUUGAACGUCACAUCCAAUCGUCCACAUUCUCGUUCGAAAAAUAUAAAACAACGGAUCAUGGAUAUUUCGAUCAGUAGAAUCGAUAAUAUUAUCUGCAUCAAAAACUCGUCUCCUAAUUCCUGUUGAAAUGAAUUCGUUAUAGAUUAAACACAAAAAGAGUACGAAAAAAAAUGAAAUGAUGAAAAAAAGUGAAAAAAAAAAUUACGCAGCGAUUAAGGAUAAAUAAACUAAAUUUUAAGCAAAGAUCAAGAGAGAUGAUGAAUAUCAUUUUAUCCCAGUACAUUUACACACGGUUAAGAAUAUAAAUGAAUAGACAAAAAAAAGAACAAUUAAAAAAAAAACAACAAAAAUACGAAAUAUAGACAAAAAAAAAUCUUCUAUUCCACAAACAUUUAAACAAAAAAAAAUUGAUUCUCAAAGUAUUAUAUUAGCAUAUUGAAAGUAAUUGUUUUCGAAAUGAACGGAAAACAAAGGAUGAGAAGAAAACAUUCAUUUGAAGAAAAUCUUAAAUACUCGAACAAUGAACAAGCGUUAGGCAUACAAAGCACAGAGUACUUAUGCCAGCCACCCGGAUAGCCACGGGCCUAAGGAAACUAAUGAACAACAUAUACACUUAACAACAACAACAACAACAACAAUGAGAAUUUUUUGAUGAGCAUUUUUUUCUUGCGUUUUUCAUUUUGUACACAGAAGAAACAAACAAAAAAAAACACAAACAAACAUUAAUUUUAAUAUAUACUUCGAAUCCAGAAUAUGAUAUGAAUCGAAAACAAAAAACAUCAACAUUUAUAGCAGAUAAUAAAUGUAAACAGAGCAUCAAAGACUUUUUAACAUUUUAACUUAACAGAUUUGUGAGUCAUACAUGUUUUUUGCAUAAUUAUACUUACAUAAGACUACAAUUGUAUUUUGAAUUGUAAACGGCUGACGACCAUUUGGAUUCAUCAUAAAAAUGAAAUGCAUACCAUUAACACACCCUCACAAAACAAUUUUUAGCAAUAUAUCGAUUUUCUUAGUGCAAAACACCCUCUUUUCUCCACAUGUUUUUUUUUUUCUUCAUCUCUUCUUUUUCACCGUUGAUUAUAGAGUGUAUAAAUAAUGAAAUUUUUUGUUUGUUUGUCAUCACAAAUUCAGAUGGUUUUCAUACUGUUUUUGUUUGCCUCCAGAAUUUUUUUUUUAAUACAGAACAUACCAAUUCCAUCGAUUGUAUAUUUAUAUUUUUGACGAACUGACGACAUUGAACUUAUAUAGAAAUAUAUUAAUAUUGUAUUUAACACGUCAAUGGGAUCCAGAUGAAACUCAAUAAUUAGGGAUCAUACACUCUUUUUUUGUGUGUCAAAUCGAAAGAUGCAAAGAUACCAACUCAUUUAGAUAUGAAAAAGAGGCAAAGAAAUGGUUUUUUUGGAACGGCAUAAGCUCGAUUUUGAGCGAGACAUUUGAUAUUUAAUUUGCAACGUUGCAAAUGUUUGUUCGAUUGCAAAAAAAAGAAGAAAAAUAAGUAAAUUUCAUUGCCGAUAAUGUUAAACUCGCACAAAUUAAAAAUGAAAUACAAUUUUCAACGAACAAGUGUACAUUUCAUUUUCUAUCGAAUUAUUAUUUGUUAAGAAAUGAGGUGUAACAUGCACUCAGACAAAAACAAACAAACAAUGAGGUCAUAUUAUUUGAAGAAAAAAAAAACCAUGUACUUACUCUAUAAUUUUUUUUCUACACAUUUUUUAAAAAUCAUAUUUGAAAAACGAAUACGCAAAUGAGAAUUUCAUCAAGAAUAUUUCGGGUGGGAAAAAUUCAACUUCACACAUUCAACUGACACGUCAAACAAAGAAUAAAUAAUAAGUUCGAUUUGAACGAUGAAAGAAAAGGGAAUCGUAUGUGAAUUGUAAUAAUGAUAAUUUUCCAACUUCUAUGCAUGAAAAAGAGCGAAUUUAUUUCGAAAUGCACACACAUACACAUACAGACACACAAAUAAAAUGACGAAUCAACAAAUCGAAUUUAUCGAUUGUGGUAAAGGAUACUUUUCCGACGGAAGGAUGAGCUAACUGUUUCGAGCGGCUAAUUAACAUUACCAAUUUUUUACAUUCCAAUUUAUGUGCGAGCAUUAAAACAUUGCGAGAGAAAAAGAGAGAGAGAGAGAGAGAGAGAGAGAGAGAGAGAGAGAGAGAGAGAGAAAGAGAGGGAGAGAUUGUGAGAGAAUGAAAGUUAUUGAAUGUGUUUGGUGUGCAGUAUUCGCAUGCAUUUAACGACAGUAUUGCAUCCAUUUGGUCUUUAGUUGAGGGUAGACAAGUGAAUUAGAAUCACAUACAUAAAACAAAAAUGUAAGCCAAACAAUAAUUGAUGACAAUUAUAAUAAAAUAACAGCAUAAUUGACCAAUUGUAAGAAUAGUUAAAUAUGCACGCGAGACAUUUAUGUGAAGGGAUACGAAAACGAAUCACAACACACUUCUUUAUGCAAUUCAUUCGAAAGCGAAGUGAGCGAACAGUAUCGUUUAAGCAAGCAAAUUCACUAUCCACUAACCCAAUUUGUUCAUUGCUUCUUCAAACUCAAUAACAAACUAUUUACAACCUUUUUUUAAUUCGUUUUUGUAUUUGUAUCGUACUGUAUCGUAAUAUUUAUAAUUUCUCAACCAAAAAACAAAAAAAAAACAACAUAAACAAAUCGAAAUCAUAUCAGCGUGUCUAUCCGUAUCGCAGCAUUUAAGCCGACGAAUCCGAAGCAGUUGUCACUUUCCGUGCGGCUCAAUUGUGGCCCCAUUUGAUUGCAAGGUAUAAUUUCUUGAAGAAAAACAGGAAUAAUCGAUUAUGUCGUAUGAUUUUUCAGAGCAGUGUCAAAAAUUAAUUGUGUGUAUGUGCUUCGAUUACUCAUCGAACAAAAUUCGUUCAUUUGCGCAAAACAAAGUAAAAAAACAAACACCAGAAACAUUUUAUUCCACAAUUUCAUUUUCUGUUUUUAACUUCUUCUUGAACAAUUCGAUGAUAAAACAAAUGUUAUUCCAAUAUUCAUUCCAAUGACGUUAAACAUUGUUUUUUUUUUUUAAACUUCUUUCGUUUGAAAUUCUCUAAACCUCAUUCCCAAAUAUAAUAAACAAACAAUGUCAAUGAACGUAAACGUAGCGAGAGAAUUGAAACAAGUGACAUAAAUGUGGUUGCAAGUAUGGGCUCAUCCAGAGAGAUUGAGAGACGGAUCGCUGGCCAGAAACGUCAAAUGAUAUAUAUAUAUAGCUUUUGCACAUUCAUUUAUGAAUAGAUUCUAGAUUUUUCCCCAAAACAAAAUCAUGAUGAUGAAACAUUGAAAAAAAGAUGAAAUUUAAUAAAUUGACCACUUUCCUUGAUGCUUUUUAUGCGAAUAAAAAGUGCCCAAUUCAUAUUUGCCAUCGGGCCCUAACAUUGAACAAGGAAGUAAGAUUAUUUGUCUUGAAGAUGUAGAGAAAGAGAAAAGAGAGAGAGAGAGAGAGAGAGAGAGAGAGAUAUAGUGAGAGUGAAAAAAGCUAGAAAAUGAAAGAGAAAUUAA